AUAUGAUUAUUAUGUUUGCUAUAUAAACUCAUCUGACAGAGACAGCUGCCAAAUGUUUGGCUGGUUUCACCAUAUGUAUAUAAACUUUAAUUUAUGUUUUUUAAAAGUUUAUAGUUAAUAUAUUUUGUAAAAAAAAUAAUUAGUUAAAUUAAUAAUGGAUCGUCGAAGCUAUGAUUUGAUGGAAGACUAUGCAGUAGUUGGAAAAAAUAGUGAAAAUAAUAAAUCAAGAAAUUCAAAUAAUAAGAAUAAAAAAGGAGAAUCAUUUAAAUCAACAAAUUCAUCAUCAGCUGUGCCUGUUAAAUCUAAUGUCAAUAAAAAGACUGAAGUAGAUCAACGAAAAACAACAAAUCCAUCAUCAUCAGUUGUACCUGUUAAACCUAAAUUAAAAAGAAAAAGUGAAUUACAAACACUUCGAGUAUCAUUAGAAUCUGAAAAAUUACUUUAUGAUACUUUAAAGCAUAUUUAUGGUUCUUCAUUUAAACUAUGUGAUGUAUCAGAAUAUAAAAAUAAAAAUUCACAAUUACACAGUAAAUAUUGGAUGGAAAGAGGUAAUUUAGUUAUUAAAGGAGUAUUUGAUUAUUCAGUAAAAAAUCCAACUAAAAAAACUCAAAAAGAAAUAACAAAACAAUUUGCAAAAUCAAAACUUGAAAGUUACAGUUUUCAUCCAAAUCAUUGUAAUGAAGCAUUAGCACAUACAGAUGGUGAUUAUGGACGAGCAAUUGAGAUACUAUUUGAAAAAUAUUAUUGUGUUGAUGAUGAUAAAAAAUUUAGCAAUGAAAAAAUAACAAAUGAUAUGCUUUUAGAAGUAAUUGAAGAUGAAAAAUUAACACUUGAAGCAAUAUAUAAUGAAGCAUUUGAAGAAAAGCUAAAAAAUCAAUUAUGGUGUAUUAAAUUAAGAUUGGAUUAUUUAAUAACUGAUCAAAAUAAAAAUAAUGAUAAGAAAAAAUUGAUAAAACCAGUAAAUAAAGUUAAUAUUUGUAGUUUUUUUGCAAGUGGAAAAAAAUGUAGAUAUGGAGAAAAAUGUAAAUUUCGUCAUGAAAAAAAAGAAACAACAAUGCUAAAUGAUAAUAGUGCUAAUAAAAAAAAAGAUAGUUAUUUUAUUCUUGAAAUAAGAUUUCCAGAAAAGUUAAAAUAUCCAUAUGAGCCACCAUAUAUUUAUUUUUAUAAAGAAGAAUCAUUUAUUCCAAAUGUACAAUAUUUAAUGAUUGCAAAAAAGCUAUAUGAUACAUCAAAAGAAUUAUCAAAGAAUGGAAAUCCAUAUUUAUUUGAGAUAAUAUCAAUGCUAGAAAAUGAAGAAGAAAUGAUGAAAUAUUUAACAACAGCAGAGCCAAAUUUUAUUGAUAGAAAUGAAUCAUUAUUUAUGAAAGAACUUGAAAAUGAAUUUGAAUUAUUACCAAGUCAUAAUAUAAAAGGUUCAACAAAUCGUUCAAAUAAUAAAAAUAUAACAAUUGAAGAAAUUGAAAAAUUAGAUGAUAUGAUUUAUCAAAAAUUUAAGGAUAAACAAACAAAUAAACAAUAUUUAAAUAUGAAAUUAUCAAGACGUAAUUUACCAGCAUGGUCAAUGAUGAAUGAAAUAAUUGAUACAAUUGAUGAUAAUCAAGUAACAAUAAUAUCUGGUGAAACUGGAUGUGGUAAAUCUACUCAAGUACCACAAUUUAUACUUGAUAGUUGGAUAUUAAAUAGAACAGAUAAAAAAGAACAUGUUGAAAUAAUUUGUACACAACCAAGAAGAAUAAGUGCAAUUGGUGUUGCUGAAAGAGUAUCUGCUGAACGUGAUGAACGUAUUGGUAAUACUGUUGGUUAUCAAAUACAUUUAGAAAGUAAAUUAUCAAAUUGGACAAGAUUAACAUUUUGUACAAUUGGUAUAUUAUUACAACGUUUAACAAGUGAUCCAACAUUAAAUAUGGUAACACAUAUUAUUGUUGAUGAAGUACAUGAAAGAAGUGCUGAAAGUGAUUUUUUAUUAAUGUUAUUACGUGAAUUAUUAUAUAAACGUAAUGAUUUAAAAAUAAUAUUAAUGUCAGCAACAUUAAAAGCUGAAUCAUUUUCAACGUAUUUUAAUGGUACACCAAUUAUAAAUAUACCAGGUAGAACAUUUCCAGUUGAAUCAUUAUAUCUUGAAGAUAUUAUUGAAACAAUUAAUUUUGUAUUUGAAGAAGGUUCAAGAUAUACAAAAAGAGUACGAGGUGGAUUAGAACAAUUAGAAAUUGAAUUAGAAACAGCUGAUGUUACAUGUUUAACUGAAAUUGAACCUAAAAAAAAUAUACUAGAUAAUAAUCUUAAUUUAUCACAAAUAAUGGGAAGAUAUCCAAAAUAUUCAACAUUAACAUGGAAAAAUUUAUAUCUUAUGGAUCAUGAAAAAAUUAAUUAUGAAUUAAUUGAAAAAAUACUUGAAUGGAUUGUUGAUGGUCAACAUAAUUAUCCAAAUGAAGGUUCAAUAUUAAUAUUUCUUCCAGGUUUAUCAGAAAUAUCAACAUUACGUGAAUUAUUAAAAGGUAAUAAAUUAUUUUCAUCAAAUAAUGGAAAAUAUAAAAUAAUACAAUUACAUUCAACAUUAACAAGUGAAGAACAAAAUUUAGUAUUUCAAAAAUUUGGUAAUGGUGUACGUAAAAUAAUAAUAAGUACAAAUAUUGCUGAAACAUCAGUGACAAUUGAUGAUUGUGUAUUUGUUAUUGAUAGUGGAAGAAUGAAAGAAACAAGAUUUAAUUCAAUUCAAAAUAUGUCAAGUUUAGAAACAUGUUGGGUAUCACGUGCAAAUUCAAUGCAAAGAAAAGGAAGAGCUGGUAGAGUUAGACCAGGUGUAUGUAUAAAUUUAUUUACAUCACAUAGAUUUCAACAUCAUUUAUUAGCUGAACCAAUACCAGAAAUAUUUAGAAUUUCACUUGAGCCAUUAUUAUUAAAAAUUCAUAUGAUGUAUGGUGAUAAUAUUGAUUCAGUAUCAGUAUUAAAAAAUUUAAUUGAACCACCAGAAGAUCAAAAUAUAUUUGAUUCAAUAUCAAGACUUGAAGAUGUUGGUGCAUUUAAUUCUGAAUGUAAUUUAACACCACUUGGUCAUCAUUUAGCUGCAUUACCAGUUGAUGUUAGAAUUGGUAAAUUAAUAAUAUAUGGUGCAAUAUUUUGUUGUCUUGAUUCAUCAUUAACAAUUGCUGCAUGUUUAUCAUAUAAAAGUCCAUUUACAACAAUAUUUGAUAAACGUCAUUUAAUUGAAUCUAAAAAAAAAGAAUAUACAACAGCAUUUUCAGAUCAAUUAACAACACUUAAAGCAUAUAAUAAAUAUAUUGAAAUGAGUCAAAUAAGUACAUUAGCUGGACAAACAUUUGCUUAUGAAAAUUAUUUAUCAAUUAAAAUUCUUCAAACACUUGCUGAUAUUAAACAUCAAUUAUUAGAUCUUCUUGUGUCAAUUGGAUUUGUUCCAGUUAAUACAUAUAAAAGAAAAAUGGGUAUUGAUAAAGUAUUAGAAAUGACUGGUUUUGAUUUAAAUGCUAAUAAUGAUAAUUUAAAGUUAUUACAAGGUUUAUUAUGUGGUGCAUUAUAUCCAAAUGUUGUUAAAGUAUUUACACCAGAAAAAUCAUUUCAAAUACAAGCAACUGGUGCAAUACCACGUCAACCAAGACCAGAAGAAUUAAGUUUUCAAACUAAAAAUGAUGGUUUUGUAUUUAUACAUCCUUCAUCUGUUAAUUUUAGUGUACAACAUUUUCCAAGUCCAUAUAUUGUUUAUCAAGAAAAAAUUAAAACAACUAAAACAUUUAUACGUGAAAUAUCAAUGGUAUCAAUGUUACCAUUAAUAUUAUUUUCUGGUUAUGGUGUUAAUAUUGAACAACAUAAUGGUAAUUUUAUUUUAUCAUUAGCUGAUGGAUGGAUCCUAUUAGCUGUUGAAUCACAUACUGUUGCUCAAUUAUUACAACAAAUGAAAGAUGAACUUGUUAAGCUACUUGAAAAAAAAAUGCAAGAACCACUUUUAAAUUUAAUUAAUAAUCAAAAUAAUAGAAAAAUCAUUGAAACAAUCAUCACUGUAAUUACUCGAGAAUAAAACAUAAAUAGAAAAAUAAACUUUUAUUUUAUUUAAAUUAAA